GGCUAAUAGCAUAACUUCCACUUAUACUCCUUCUUUCUCACAAGGAAGAAGAUUUGAUAUAAAAGAACCUGAUACCAAUAAUAAUAAUUCUCGAAGAAGGCGUGGAAGAAACUGGGAAACUGACGACGAACUAUUCAAACCAAAUGAAUCAACCACCACUCGAUCCUUACUUAAUCUUCUCAACAGUGAACGUACAAAAAGGAGAGAAUUACAAAAAGAAUAUGAUACAACUGCUGAAGCUUUACGUGACCUUCAACAAAAACAUGAUGAUGAUAUUGCUGAUAUGGAAAGUGAUAUCCAAGUCUUGAGAGAUGCUCUAUUAAAAGAAUCAAAAGCUAAUACUCAAUUAAGUAAACUUCUCAGAGAAACUCGUGGAAAAUUUUUAGAAGAUAUGAAAACUUGGGAAAAAUCUUGGAAUUUAAAAGUUUCGGAAAUGGAAGCUCAAGGAAAAGAAUUACAAAAAGCUUUUGAUGAUGCUUGGUGUCACCUUGAAAAAGAAGAAAGAGAAGUCAUUAGAUUAAGAGAAGAAAAUAAUGCUUUACGUAAACAAUUAAAUAGUAGAUCUAUUGAUCCUCCUAUUAUUAAUAGAUUAAAUCUUGAAGAUGUUCGAAAAGUCGGUUAUUUAGAAGAUAGAGAUGAUAUUUCUGUCUGUACUGAUUCUAAACUUCUUACUGAAUCUAAUGAAAUUUCUGAUACUGAAUCUGUCGCAAAUUAUUCAAAAGUCUCGGAAUUAACGGAUCGUAUUUCAGAUUUGGAAAAUGAAUUGGUUAAAUUAAAAGAAUCUAAUCAAAGUUAUGAACUUUUAUUAAAAGAAAAAGAUGUUGAAAAACAAUCGGCCCUUAAACAACUUGAGGAAAAAUAUGAAAAAAAGAUUAAAUUACUUCGUGCUAGCAAUACUUUAAAUCAAAAUACUAUCGAAAAAUUAAGUCAAGAAUUAAGAAAGGCUAAAUUUAAUGAACGUGAACGUGAUCCUAUUUCGAAAAUUCAACAAAAACAAUUAUAUCCUUUCCGUCCUCAUACUCCUGUUAAACAAUCCUCUUCCGAUCAUGAUGAUUUACGUACACAACAAUGUAAACGUAAAAUUUUAACAGAAAUUUCGAAUAAAGAUCGUAAAAAUAGUUUGACUAGUACAAAUAGUGGUAGUUUUGCAAGCACUAGUAAUAGAAGUGGUGGUAUUGACGAAAAAGAUGAUAUUCAAAACAUUAACAAUGAUGAUGUAGAAGGUGAACUUGAAUCUGAAGAGGAUGAUGAUCGUUCUUCAUCUUUAUGUACCAGCAGUGAAGUUUGUGCUCAAAGUCGUCUUGGUAGCGAAGAAGCAACCAGCAUAACCGAUCCGCAUACUGAAUAUUAUCGUUUACCACUUAGAGGUCAUUAUUCGGCCGCUGAAUUCACUGAUGAAGAAGAUUUUACCUUAGAUAGGUUUGAUGAUGUCUCUGUAAGUCGAAGGCAUAGUAUUACAAGUAAAUCAGGAAUGGGAACUGAAGGCAGUGUAAUUUCAAAACUCAGUCAAUUCUCAAAUAUUAGUAAAGGACAAAUCAGUGAUGAUGAUG